CCACUUCUUCGACAGCGUUGUCGGAAGGGCGGCCAGAGAGAAUUUUGACGCUCUCGCCGCUUCCGGUGUGAACGUACAGUUACAGAUGACUACAAUGUUGCAGAUGAAAAAUCGAAUUAAAUAUUGUUCACUGGCGAUUGCUGCGACCAGAUCGUUUUCCCGACCAGUUUGGAAUCCGGUUGUUUACUUGGACAUUACAGCCGACAACGAGCUCCUUGGAAGAGUCAUAAUCGAGUUGAAUGCUGAUGUUGUACCCAAAACAGCAGAGAACUUCCGCGCUCUGUGUACCGGAGAGCAUGGCUUUGGCUACAAAGGAUCCAUAUUCCACCGGGUGAUUCCACAGUUCAUGUGCCAGGGAGGAGAUUUCACUAAUCACAACGGGACUGGAGGAAAGUCUAUCUAUGGUCCAAAGUUCCGAGAUGAAAACUUCAAGCUGAAGCACACAGGACCUGGUGUUUUGUCAAUGGCAAAUGCUGGACCCAAUACAAAUGGCUCCCAGUUCUUCAUCUGCACUGCCAAAACUGAAUGGCUGGACAACCGGCACGUAGUGUUUGGUUACGUCAAGGAGGGCAUGGACAUCAUCAGCAUGGUGGAGUCGUACGGGUCCCACGAUGGCAGCACAUCCAAGAAGAUCGUCAUCACUGACUGCGGUGAAAUCAAGUAGCACCCUGUCUGGGUGGCAAGCACCUCACACACUGCGCACAUGAGGACCCUAGCUAUAAUUAUUAAAUAAUAAUUAUGAAGUCAGUUAAAUAGCUAUACAAUGACGUAUGAUAAUGUAUUACCCUGAUACUCUGAGCAGUGUUUCUGCUCUUCAGAGAGCAGCCAUAGGGAAUGAGGCAUAGGGCUGUUUGGGAGGAGAGGAGAGAUGGGUAAUCACAUAAAAAAGCCAUAUAGGUAAGUUCUGUGAGGAAAUCCACACAGUGGGGUGUUGGGAUGAUUUUACCAGACAUUUAACAGACCAGCAUUGACACAUCCACCUAAAUAUUAGCUUGAUUUUAGUGCACUUUUAUUAACUGAAUAUUCUUUGACUGUUUAUAGUUUACCAUAAAGUAACCCUAGUUUCCCAUUCAUUUGUAUUUUGAUAAUGUGUGGGCAUUACCCAUGAGUAUGUGGUGAUGUCUAAGUCUCUAUGCAGUACAGACUUUAAUGUGAAAAACAAAAAAAGUAUGAAGGUCUGGAAACUUGGGAUGUUGGCUACUCCUUCUCUUUGGUAAUGUAUAUUGAGGAACUGUUUGUUUAGCAUUUGAAGUACUGUGUGGAAGCACACGAGGAGGUUUUGAAUAAAAUGGAACAGAGUGUAUGGGAA